CACCGCGUCACGACUUGCCACAACAAAGGAUUCGUCGCUGGCUCCUCAUUUUAAACGAUUGUGGUUUUUGCUCCUGCCCUGUAGGCAUAAGGAGGACAACUUUGCACCCUUGCUAGUCGCGAGGAUCAUUUGCCUCUGCAUUCUGCAGUAAUAACAUCAACCAAACCACACCCAGCCAGGCAAGGCACCAACCAAAUACCUUCCCACGUUCCAGCAAGCCAUUCAUCCAUCGCGACCAUGGCUGAGCGAUACAUCCCCGAGCACCGGCGCACUCAGUUCAAGGCCAAGGGCGCCUUCGCAUCCGAUGUCGUCCGCCGUCGCCGCGAGGAACAACAGGUGGAGAUCCGCAAGGCAAAGCGGGAGGAGAACUUGGCCAAGCGACGAGGCAUCGGCACAGGCGCUGACCGACCUGGUGCUGCCCUGGGUGCCGCGCCUGAUAGCGAUGAUGACACCGCGCCCACAGAGUCACAGUUGAGCGAAGAUCUUCCUCAGAUGGUGCAGGGCGUCUUCUCGGACCAGAUCGAGCUACAGAUCCAGGCUACUACCCGGUUCCGGAAGCUUCUCUCCAAGGAGCGCAACCCCCCAAUCGAGGAGGUCAUCAAAACUGGCGUUGUUAGCCGCUUCGUCGAGUUCCUUCGAUCUCCUCACACCCUCGUCCAGUUCGAGGCCGCUUGGGCCCUGACGAAUAUUGCAUCAGGAAGCGCUGCACAGACUCAGGUGGUCAUUGAAGCGGGUGCCGUCCCCAUCUUUGUCGAGCUUCUUGCCAGCCCAGAGCCCGACGUGCGCGAGCAGGCCGUAUGGGCCCUCGGAAACAUUGCUGGUGACAGCCCACAAUGCCGUGACUAUGUGUUGAGCUGCGGUGCCCUCAAGCCCCUGCUCAACCUCUUGGGAGACAGCCGCAAGCUGAGCAUGCUCCGUAACGCGACCUGGACCCUGAGCAACUUCUGCCGUGGCAAAACGCCACAGCCUGACUGGAACACAAUCGCGCCCGCUCUCCCCGUCCUGUCCAAGCUCGUCUACUCUCUUGACGAUGAGGUCCUGAUCGACGCCUGCUGGGCCAUCUCCUACCUCUCCGACGGCUCCAACGAUAAGAUCCAGGCCGUGAUCGAAGCAGGCAUCCCCCGCCGCCUCGUCGAGCUUCUGAUGCACGCCUCGACCUCCGUCCAGACCCCGGCCCUGCGUUCGGUUGGAAACAUUGUUACGGGCGAUGAUGUGCAGACCCAGGUUAUCAUCAACUGUGGUGCGCUGCCGUGCCUGCUGUCCCUGUUGAGCUCAAACAAGGACGGCAUCCGCAAGGAGGCAUGCUGGACCAUCUCCAACAUCACAGCAGGCAACUCGACCCAGAUCCAGGCUGUCAUCGACGCCAACAUCAUCCCGCCCCUGAUCCACCUUCUGUCGAAUGGAGACCUGAAGACACGUAAGGAGGCCUGCUGGGCUAUCAGCAAUGCGACCAGUGGUGGUCUUCAGAAGCCGGACCAGAUCCGUUACCUUGUUGCGCAGGGCUGCAUCAAACCCCUCUGCGAUCUCUUGAUCUGCCCCGAUAACAAGAUCAUCCAGGUCGCCCUCGACGGUCUCGAGAACAUCCUCAAGGUCGGUGACCUGGACAAGCAGGCUGCCGGUGAUACGUCCGAUGCCAUCAACCGCUACGCACUCUUCAUUGAAGAGUGUGGUGGCAUGGAGAAGAUUCACGAGUGUCAGACAAACGCCAAUGAGGAUAUCUACAUGAAGGCGUACAACAUCAUCGAAAAGUACUUUUCGGACGAGGAUGAGAACGCAGACGAAGGCAUGGCGCAGGCCCAGGGCCCUAACGGCACCUUUGGCUUUGGUGCCAAUGGUGGCCACCAGGGCGGUUUCAAUUUCUCCAACGAGGGCGAGUCAAUGGAUAUGUAGGGAUAAUAUCGGAGGAGUUUGGCAUGCAGGUACUUUAUUGGCAGUCAAUGACCACUUUGAUUUUUUGACACGAAAUCUUAUCUUGUUCAGUG